AUGGACGUGGACAGUAAACGACUCGUGGUGGUGGUACCAAACCCAGCCUCUCCUCGCGAACUGUUGAGUAGCAGUGAUGAUGAGGCCUGGAAGAGCUACCUGGACACCCCUCUGACCGCAGCCACCAAAGCCAUGAUGAGCAUCAACGGGGACGAGGAGAGCGCUGCAGCCUUGGGCAUACUCUACGACUACUACAAGGUUUCGAGAGGAAAGAAAACUUCCACCACCAAACCACUUGUUGAUGAUUCCUGCGCCAUGGAUCAAACCACAAACUUGAUGCCUGUAAACCUGUCACUUCAUCAUGCAGCGCCCUUAGACCCUUCAAAGAAACUAUACGGACCUCCUCAUGUCCCGAUAGAAGCGCAUAGUGGGAAAGUGAAAGCCCAAACACAGAUCCUCCCUGCCCACGUCUACACAGAAGAACUCCGAGGCCCGAUCAGAAUGCCUUAUGAGCAAAGUGGAUAUGAGGAGUUGUUUUCCAGUUAUCUGAAAGAGGAUCAAAGAAGCACUUCAGAUCAGGUCUAUCACAACUUUUCUGGCGGAUCAAACCACUUGCACUACUCGAGAUCUAACGAUAGCUUCCAGUAUUGUCUUGAGGCAAGUUUGUCUCUGCGGCCCCGAAGCGAAGAUGGCCCAAUGGCUUAUCUGAACCGAGGACAGUUCUACCCUGUGACACUGUCUCACGCUCAGGGGGGAAAAGUCCAGAGACGACUCUCAAACCAGGGAGCGGAGGGCCAGCAGGACACUGUCGUACAGAGUGUUAUCAUGGUUGUUUUCGGAGAAGAUAAGAGCAGAGACGAACAGCUCAAGAAUUGGAAAUACUGGCAUUCACGACAACACACGGCCAAGCAGCGCGUACUAGAUAUAGCUGACUACAAAGAAAGCUUUAGCACAAUUUCCAAUGUGGAAGAAAUCGCCUACAACGCCGUAUCCUUCACGUGGGACGUCACUGAGGAGGCCAAGGUUUUUAUUUCAGUGAACUGCCUGAGCACAGACUUUUCCUCACAAAAAGGCGUAAAAGGAACACCGCUAAAGAUCCAGAUGGACACGUACAGCUACAACGGACCCAACCGCAAACCCAUCCACCGAGCGUCCAGCGAGAUCAAGGUCUUCUGCGACAAGGGAGCAGAGAGGAAACUACGUGACGAAGAGAAGAAGCAGCUCAGAAAAAGAACCAAGGGUAAAAGUGGUAUGUCCCAGGCGCCAUUGAAGAGAUCUGACACGACACUAUUAAAAAGUGAGAAUGACCUGGAGUCUCAGCCGGUCCUCUUCAUCCCGGACGCUCACUUUGGAAGCCUGCAGCGGUCAGGACAGGUGUUUUCUUUAAAGACAGAAGAAGUCGAAAGUGACGGGAGCGUGAGGACGAGGAGAGUAUCGUGCGUUUCUGAGGAAGACCUCGGCCCGGCUCCGAUGAAGAGGCUGAAACUUGAACCAGAAAAAAGAGUCCUUCUGUACGUGAGGAAGGAGUGCGACGACGUCUUUGAUGCGUUGAUGCUGCGGACACCUACUCUCAAAGCGCUGAUGGAGGCGCUAACGGAGAAAUAUGCAGUGCCACUCGACAAAACGAUAAAGGUUUUCCAGAAAAGUAAAAAAGGGGUCCUGGUGAACAUGGACGACAACAUGAUCCAGCACUACUCCAACGAGGACACUUUCAUUCUGGCCAUGGAGGCGUCUGCGGACUCGCUGCACAUCACACUGUCCGAGAUCUGA